AUGUCGCAAUAUAUAUUAGCAGCUUGCAAUUUUGAUUUGGAAUUCAUGUAUGUCCUUAGCAGGUGGGAGGGUUCGGCUCAUGAUUCAAAAAUGUUAAGUAAAUAUUUCUUUGUGGAUUGUGGAUUCGCCAAUUGACGCUAAUUUUUAGCUUCGUUUCGAGGUGUGCGAUAUCAUCUCCAAGAUUUUGAAGGCCGUGGUCGUGACCCUAAAAAUGAAAAUGAGUUGUUCAACCUUCACCAUGCGUCCUUAAGGAAUGUGAUCGAGAGGAUAUUUGGUAUUUUUAAAUCACGAUUCACAAUUUUUAAGUCGGCUUCUCCAUUUCUAUUUAAAACACAAGCGGAGCUAGUGUUGGCAUGUGCAUCAUUACAUAACUUUCUGUGUAAGGAGUGUUAUUCCGAUGAAUUUCCUAUUGAGCCAACUAAUGAAUCUUCAUCAUCUUCAUUCUCAUCAAUAUCGGUUGAUGAAGAUGAUAAUUUUGAACAAAUUUAUCAAAUCCAAGAGCAACAAAGAGAGGAUGCUAAUGCAUGGAGAGCUAGCAUAGCUUCAAAUAUGUGGAGAGAUGCUAUCUAG